AUGGCGUCGUCUUCGGCCCUCUCAGGGGCAGGGCUGUCGCCCACGACGAUGGCCCAGCAGGCGGAAACUGUGAACCAUAGCAAGAUGAAGGAACUCGAGGCCUUCAUUGAACGGUGAGAUCACAUAUGGCGUGCAUUCAGCGGUGCACUGCAAUGGUGUGACGUGUCGUGAGGCUCUGUUGGGCUGUUCUGACGCAUGCAUGGCCAUCUGUGAGAUCAGAUAGAUGCAUUUCAAUGGGCCCCAAAGCAUUUGGCCGUGUGUCAUCUCUGUGUGUGGUGCAGAUGCAAUAGUCAGCUUUGUGGAGAUCUGAUAGUGGUCCGUUCGACGAUAUUCGACGCUCUCGAGGUGGAAAACCUCGUCCAGAGCACCCUCAAGUCUCAGCUGGCUGCCCACACCAAGGCGAAGCAGGCCCCCAACGUGGUGCGCCUUGACCCGUUGAGCAGUGGCGACGGCACAUACGAUGGUGUGACGGUGCUGCGAGACAUCUCGUUGGCCAUGUGGCCCCGCACCAAGGGCGGGAAGCCGGUCAUUGAGCGGGAGGUGAAUGACAUGAUUGUUAAGUGUCGGCGGCCUGACUCUCAUGCUCCCGGCUGUCCCGUUCACGUUGGUGUGUUGAUGGACAAGAUGCUCGACAAACUCAAGUUCAAGAAGAGCAUCUGGUGGGUGGGCCACUGGGCAAGGAGGCAGGGAGGGAUGCUGUAUGGUCUUGUGAUGUGAUGGCUUCAGGUUUGUGGUGAUGCCGCAUAUGGACAUGUCGCUGCUGCCGUUGCUGGCGAAUCUGACCACCGACGAACGGUCUAAGAUGGCCAUCAUAGGUAGGUGGCCACCGAGCCUCAGCCGCACACACACACACACACACGCCACCACGCCGAUCAGCAACCAGAGCCCAUAGGUUCAUCUCAUCUGCCCUUCCCUUGAUGUGCCUUUGCAGGUCUGCAGACUGUGUCGGACCAUACCAGUGGAGCCACGACGCUCGGAAGCUCACACGGUACGCAAGAUACUGCUGGCACUUACCCGGCAAAGCACAUUUGUAUGUGUCUCUUUGUCUGUCUGCAGGCUCCCCCAAGUACCAGGUCCUCCGUUACGCUGACAUCGCACUCCUCGCCGCCCCCACCAGUGUGCCGACCAACGCCGCUGACAUCGCACUCCCCCCAGCCCCCACCCACGGCCCCCCGAAUAAGAAGACCCGUACCAGGGCCACCAAAGCGUCAUCCAGGACCUCGCGCCUAACGUCAUGGCGCUCGACGACCAUUUGGCGGCGGAUGGUGAGGAUGACGACGAUGACGUGUACGAGCCGCGCGCCGCCAGACAGGCCGGUGGCAAGUCGUUUAACGCACAGUCGCAGGGCCAGGGCAAGGCGCCCCGAGUGCGCAAGGAGAGGGGGGAGACGAAGGGCCACAUGCCGUUUGUCGAGAUGGGGCUGGGAGGCUAUGAGCAGCAGAUGGGGUUCGGUCAGAAUGAGGGCAUGGACGUGUGUGACAUGGGGCCGGGGAUGGUCAGCGGCCUCGUCGAGGGCACAUUGCCGAAAGACACUGCGGCGAAGGCCACGAGGUCAGACAGACACACAGACACAAAGAGACACACACACGAGAAUGGGCGAAUGCCUUGGUCCUUGUUCAGUGUCUCGCCGUUUGAGUUGAAGAAGGAUCACCUGCCCGCGGGCAUUCCUGCGCACGCUGCGGGCAUCUCUGCGCACGGCCACAGCAACAGGGAUACCCCGCACAAUGGGACCGGCGCCAAGUAGGCACCGAAGGGAAGACUCACCCACCCGCAUCGCCGGCUAUCGAUGGAUACAUGUGUGUUGAUUCAGGGCUCGUUUGGCGGACCAACUGCGUAAGAUGAAGGUCAAGGUGUCAGCCCCCACACCUCCGCUCGACAGGUAUGUGUGUGCACCUGCAGCCAGCAGACACACGAGACACCCCCAGCCCAUCCUCUCUCCCUCUCUCCCUCCGUCCCUGUUUGUCUGGCUGUCUCUUUGUUUGUCAGUAUCCCUCCCAUCAGUCGUCGGCCGGGCGCACUGUCGUCGGCCGAGGCUCAUGGCAUCGAUCCCUCGCCGCUGCUGCCGUCCAAGACGCCGUCCUUCCCGGCGGACGACAGCCAAGAGGACACCAGCACGCGGCCAAAGGAGGACAAGAAACGCCUGCCAGAGCAGCACAAGAAGGACAAUCGCACCGCUCAGGGGUACGCUGACAGACAGUCAGUCAUGGAAGCAGAGGACGGAAGGCACACCGACGCACGACCAUGCAUGUGUCUCCUUCGUGUCUGUCUGUCUGUCAGGUCUGUGAGGAAGUCGCUGGCGGCGGAGCUGCUCCGCUCGCGUAAGGUGCUGUCGACGCACCCCAUCCACACAGCCAUCGCCACCGCAUCGCCCCCCGCCAAGAUGACCAUCGAACACAGGUGGGCAAAGGGAUCAAAGGGGCAACACCAUCCAUCCAUCAGACGUCAACUUGCUCUCUAUGUCUCCCCACCUCAAUACAGCCCGGAGCCCUCACCCCUCCUGCCGUCGCCCCCCGUCUCCCAGCACGACCGCUACCGGCUGUCGUCGCCCCCCAACCCACCGCAGGAGCCGGACCCCUUCGCCAGCGGCCCCAAUACUCACGGCAUGGUGCUCCGACAGAACCGCAAGAAGCGCACCAGCAGCCCCCUCCCGUCACCCAGCCCCACAGACAGCGACCACCAGCCCCUCACAAAAGCCAAGCGAGCCGCCGUCCGCCGCCCGAAGUCUCACGAGAAGGACGAGACGCUGCCCGUCUUCGGUGGCCUGGGGGAGGAGGUCCUGUAGGGGCCGUUGAACAAGGGCCGGGAGGGCGAGAUCGUCAAAACAACAGAGGCAGCGGGCGGCCAUGACGCCUUCCCUAAGAGGCAGAGGGCGCCGCGCGGCAAUGGGAAGAGCCGCCAGACGCUCAAGUGGAACGACCCCCGAGUGCUGGGCCGCCUGCAGAAGAAGAUUGAGGCCAUCAGCCGUGCGUCGGAUUUCCAGUGCCGGCUGGACCUGGCGCGGUGCCGCCUGGCCGCAGAGGAGGACCCCUCGGAGGGCGGCGGCGAUGGUUAUGAGCCGAUGGACAUCGACGAGGGUGCGGGUGCCGCUGGCGGUGCUGACGAUGACCGGGAGAGCCUGGCGGAGCGGCUGGGCAGGGGGGCGCACAUCAUCAUGAACUAA